AUGGAAAUGAACAUUGACAACGAUGACACAGUGACAAAUCAAACUGAAAAUUUGGAUCAAAGUCUUGCAACAUUGACUAAACGUAAAAUUGAAACAGAAGAAUGUUUGUCUCCCAACAAACGCCUAAGAGAAAUCUUGGUUUCUACAUCAACAAUAGGAAAAAUUAUUACUUCUGAUAAAAUCAGUGAAAAUAUACAUAUUCAAGAAAGCACUUGCAACAACAAGAAAUAUACAAUAUUUGAUAGAUGCCAACCCUGCGUAAAUAAGAAAGUAGAUAAAUGUAGAUUCCAAAAUUUCAGGUACUUUUAUAUUAACCCUAUAACAGAUGAAAUAAUGGAAGGUUCAAAUUUUAUUUCGGAUUUAAACCCUGCCUCAAUAUUAAAAUCAAGAGAAAUCCCAUUAAAUCAAGAGGAUAGCCAAUAUAUACUAGAUUUGAUAGCACCUACUUUUAAAACAAUUUUGCAAAGAGAAUUUUCUCACAUAGACAAAGCUGUAUGUAGAAAAAAUCCUGAAGCAAACAUUAGACAAUUAUGUGAUAAUUGUCAGCAUACAAUUUUUAGUGGAUUUUGGAUAUGCAUUGUGUGUGGUAGAGAAAUAUGUAUUGAAUGUUACGAUGAAUGGGAUGAAUUGUCGCCAAAAACAUUUGGAACAGUUGGCAAAUGUUCCUUGAAACGUAGGCAUGAAAAAAGACAUAUGUUGGGUGUCUGUUUCUAUCAACGUUCAGAAAUUGAAAAAUUAUACAAGGAAACAUGCAAAAUACUUAAUGUUGACGAUACAAUUCCAAUAUUCAACGAAAAUAACCCUGAAUUAAUUAAUGAUCCAUCAAACCCAGCGACAACGUUAAUAGCUAUGGAAUCACCCGAAUAUACAAAUUCACUGAAAUCUGAAAUAUCGAAAUCUAUGGAGUUGAUCGAACCAAUAAAACCAAUGGAAUUGAUUGAACCAACAAAACAUACGGAGUCGUUUGGACCGAUUGAAUUAUCCAAAUCUAUUGAAUCAAUUGAAUUUACACCUACUAUUAUCAAUCCUGAACCGACCCAGCAAUUAUUGUUGUUAAAUGAACAAAAUAACGACUCUAUAAUUACUGAAGAAAAAACCAUAAAAAAUUCUGAUACCAUACCCACACCCAUUAUAGCCGACGACAACGACAACAGCAAUGAUAAUGAUGGUUUAAAUGAACUUAAAGAUAUUGAUUCAGAAAUUUAUGACAAUUCACACGAAAGCCACAAUCAACUUGAAUGGAAUAAUGGAGAAAUGACAAUUGAACAGUUUCGCGAAUUUUGGAAAAAAGGAUAUCCGUUUGUGAUUAGGAACUUGAAAUAUGAAGAUCAAUUUUGGAAUCCAAAUUAUCUUAGUAAACGAUAUGGUAAUACACCAUGUGAUACUAUCGAUUGCAAGACUGACAAAAUCUUUCACACAACUGUUAGAGAAUUUUUCGAUGGAUUUGUAAACCUUGAAAAAAGACCUAAAUAUCGUAGAAACAUAACUUGUUUGAAAUUAAAGGAUUGGCCAUCAAAUCAAGAUUUUGCUAGAAAAUUUCCUGACCAUUUUAAAGAUUUUAUGUCUACUAUGCCAUUCCCACAAUAUUCGACACGCAAUGGUAAUAUGAAUUUGGUUAAUCAAUUACCUAGAGAAUAUAUUGUCCCAGAUUUAGGUCCUAAAAUGUAUAAUGCAUAUGGAUCUGAGGAUGGAUUGAAGGGGGUUGGAACUACAAGGCUUCACCUUGAUGUAACUGAUGCGGUUAAUCUAAUGACAUAUGCACCAGGAAUUCAUGAAAGACUACCGGAUGAACAAUUAAAACCAGCAGCAGCAGUCUGGGAUCUUUAUCACGUAAAUGAUUUACCAAAAAUUCGAAAAUUUUUACAUGGCUACACCAAUAAAAUAGGACUAAGGAUUGACGAUCCAAUUCAUGACCAAUGUUACUACCUAAAUGAAACAUUAAAGGAAAUGUUAUUACAAGAACAAGGUGUUAAAGGCUGGAGAAUUUAUCAGAAUCCAGGUGAUAUGAUUUUCAUACCUGCAGGUUGUGCUCAUCAAGUUUGUAAUUAUACUGCUUGUGUUAAAGUUGCAGUAGAUUUUGUUUCACCAGAAGGUGUUGUUAGAAGUUAUAAUGUCAGCAAAGAAUUUCGUAGACUUUCUCGUAAUCAUGCAAGGCGUGGAGAUAUUUUACAACUUCCUAAUAUUUUAUUACAUGCGUGGAAUUCUAUUUAUCAGAAUUAUACUCAGGGUCAACAAGAUGAUGAUCAAAAUCAAAAUUAA